UAGUUCAUUAUACUUUCUAUUGAAAUUAACGAUAGUAAUAUAAGUUUGAAAAAUUUUUACUUUUGUACGAUUCAGUGUUGCUCGAAUUAUUGUAUUUUAUGAAAUACUGUAUAAUAAAGAAUAAUAUUUUAUAUGUGCAAUAUGUUCUCUUUACCAGUGAGAAAUAAUUAUUUUAAAAGGGAACUGACUGAUAAUAGAAAAGUGCUGUUAGUUUUUCAAGCGAUAAGAAACACAGCCACGCAAAAGGAUGAAGAGUACCAAUAUAUUAAAAGAAGUAAAACUCCCACAAUGCAUUUCCAACGAUCUCUGCCGCGUUUGCCUAUUCCCAAACUACAGGAUACGUGCAGAAGAUAUCUAAACGCGCAGAUACCUUUAUUAUCCAACGAACAAUUAGAAAAAACUACGUCUUACGUGAAUGAAUUUCUUGAAACGAGCGGUGUUGAUUUACACAAAAAGCUUAUCGAGAAAGACGCUAAGAAUCGUCAGACUAGCUAUAUCAGCGAAUGGUGGUUCGAUAUGUAUUUAAGAGAUCGUAAGCCUUUACCCAUCAAUUACAAUCCAUUCAUAGUUUUUGCGCCAGAGGACAAAGCAAUAUAUAACGCACAGUUAGUGAAAGCUACGAAUCUUAUUGUAUCGUCGUUGAGAUUCAUGAAAUCGUUAAAAGAGGGCAUUCUGCCGCCAGAAGUGUUUCACCUGAAUCCCAAAAAAUCAGAUACUGAUUUAUUUCGUACUGUUACGAGACUACUGCCGUCCCAAAUCAGUUGGUACGGAGCUUACUUAUUCAACGCUUAUCCUUUGGACAUGUCUCAAUAUCAUAACUUGUUUAACACAACGAGGAUACCAAAAGUAGAAAAGGACGAAAUUUAUCAAAAUACAUCUGCUCGGCACAUAAUCGUAAUGAGGAAAGGACAUUUCUACUCUUUCGAUGUGUUGGAUGAGAAUGGCUAUAUUUACGACCCAAAGACAAUAGCAGCUUGUGUGAAAUCUAUAUUAAACGACCAAAGACCAGCCAGUAAAAGCCCUAUCGGAAUACUUACAACUGCGGAACGUAAUCUAUGGGCUAAUACCAGAGCUCGUUUAUCAGAAGUUGGUAACCGAGACCUUCUGCAGAAAAUAGACUCCGCUGCAUUUAUGAUGAUACUGGACGAUGCAUGUAACGGAGAAGAUUACAAUGAAUUAGUUAAGACAUUCCUCCAUGCAGACGGAACAAACAGAUGGUUCGACAAAUCAUUCUCUCUAAUUGUCUCGCAAGACGGGCAUGCUGGAAUAAAUUUUGAACACUCGUGGGGAGACGGAGUAGCCAUUCUACGAUUCUUUAAUGAUAUAAAAGACGAUAUAUCCAAACAACCAAGAUUUCAUCCUAACGAGGCUGAUUACGUUCGAAAAGGAACAGUGGAUGUCGAACGACUCGAAUUUAUCGUAGACGAUAAACUUAAAAAUAUUGUUGAUACGCAAACGAAGAAAUACGAGGAAUGGACGAAACGACUGAGUAUCGAUCAUAUGAUAUUCGAGAAAUUUGGUAAAGGCGAGUGUAAGAACUUUGGCGUAAGUCCUGAUGCGAUUAUGCAAUUGGCUUUCCAGUUAGCUCUGUACUAUCAGGACAAUUGUAUGGUGCCUUCGUACGAAUCUUGUAGCACAGCCGCGUUUAAGCAUGGUCGAACGGAGACUAUUAGGCCCUGUACGAUGGAAACGAAAAUAACGUGCGAAGCUAUGGCUCGGAAAAGUAACAAAUUGUCCAAGUCGGAAUUGAAACGGUUAAUAAUUAAUUGCAGCAACGUUCAUAACACGCUCACCAAAGAAGCUGCUAUGGGCCAAGGAUUCGAUAGACAUUUGUUCGCAUUGAAAAAGAUUUGGGAACAAUCAGAUUCCCCUAAACCAGCUAUUUUUCAGGAUCCAGCGUACAAUGAUAUAAACAAUAAUAUCUUAUCCACUUCCACUCUUUCGAGUCCAGCCGUAAUUGCUGGUGGAUUUGGGCCAGUAGUAAACAAUGGAUAUGGAAUCGGAUACAUGAUUCAAGAUAAGAGACUGGGAUCUGUGGUGACGAGUUAUAACAACCAUUGCAAUUCUAGCGAGUACGUAAAGUGUCUGGAAGAGGCGUUUAAAAAUAUUAAUCAGGUAUUGGCCCAUUGACAAUAACGCUAUCAAAUAUUUGUAAUUGAUAUUCAAUUACUAUUGUAUUCAAGUUCGUUGAACAUACGUUACACAUUUAUAAGAACCUUUAUCACUGUUAAUUACAUAUACAAUCGUGAAUUUUUAUAUAAUGCCGUUUGAAAACCUUUUUUUAUUAUUGUCAAAUGAAUAAAGAACUAUUUUCUUCAUCUUGUGUCGUUAAAUGAAUUCCGCUGAUAAAUAAGAUUAUACGUACUAUAUUUUACACAU